CUGACGGAAAUCAGGGCUGCUGAGACGUCAGACCGCAGCGGCGGUGACAACGGGAGGAGGAGGAGGAGAGGAAGACGGCAGGGCUGGCCAAAGCAGGACAGGGAAGGACGCCUGGUAGUGGAUGUAUAUUGGUUCCUCCUUGCCAACCCGUAGCCGCUGGCAGAGCCUGACAGAUACGUACGCUGCAAGGACACGGACGGAAGGGAGGGGGUCCGUCAUCUGCUCCAGCUGCAAGAGGGGAGAAAAGGCAGCAGCAGCAGCUGCUGCUUCUGCUGCUGCUGCUGCUCUGCUAGUUACUCUGCUAGCGAGGCUGUCCGGUCCACUGAAACAGCUAAAACCCCAGGCGAAGAAACGGAGACCAGAUAGUGUUGAUGUGGAUACUUUGGGCAGCGUGGAGAUAAAGUGGAUGUCAGCUAUGUAAGCUACAAUUCUGCAAAACUUCAGAAAUCCUAUAUAAUGGAGGAACUAUAUAAGGACGCACAAAACCUACCCAUGGAUGUUACCACUUCACCCUCUGCUAUUGCUAACAACAAAUUAGAAAGUGGUGUAGCCCAGCUGAUAACAGCCGAAGCCUGGAAUAUCAAUUCGUCUGAUCUGAUGAAGAAAGCACUUUCACCACUUGUAACUGUACCUGCUCCAUCAAUAUUAACACCACCAGCAGAAUCCCAAAGUGGGGUUGCUCUCAAAGUAGCUGCCACAGUGCUUCAACCAAUUUGUUUAGGAGACAGUCCUGUGGUUCUUCCAAUACAUUUGCAAGUAGCAGGAAGCACCACUCCUCAGAUUGCUCCUAAUAGUAAUACUCCAUAUGUUAUGACCACGCAAGGCCCAGUCCCAUUGCCUGUUCUUUUAGAGCAGCAUGUAUUUCAGCAUUUAAAUUCUCCAUUAGUAUUACCUCAGAAUUCACCAUGUGUUCCCAGUUCCAUUCAUAGCAAUCUGUUCCAAAGUUCUGCUACUCCUAUUGGACAACCCCAACUGUUGGAUCAAAAACCUUCCAAUCCAACUCAAGAUUCUGUCCUGCCCUCUGUAUUUCAGACACCAGGAUUUGCUGCUGUGUUACAAGACCUCUUUCCUACUCAAGGAACUUUGAGCUCUUUACCUUAUCAGCCAUCUCCAGAAUGUCCUCUCCCAUCUCAGCCCCUCAGUUCUCCUUUGUCUCCAUUGGUUCCUCCAGCCACCUUAUUGGUGCCAUAUCCUGUGAUUGUGCCUUUGCCAGUCCCAGUCCCAGUCCCUAUUCCCAUUCCCAUUCCCAUUCCAGUUCCUCAUGGCGUUGAAUCUAAGGUUAACUUAGAUUACUCCAAACCAGCCACUUCCUUUGUUUUGCAUUCAUGCAAAGGUACCCAGACUCCUUUGGAGAAGGAAGAAAUUAAACUCUGUGAUUUUAUCCACCCCAGAGGAAUUUCUCAGUUGAAUCGGCACACUGUCAUUAAGAUGAGUAAUGAAAAUGAAGUCCUUGAUCUUUCUAUGAAAACAACUCCUUUCCUUAAGGAAAACUAUGUUAGUUGCCAGAAUGCCCCCAAUGAUAGUGCUUUGGACUUAUCAAUUACUUCUUUUCGGAAGGUGAACAGUAUUGAGAGAACAAAUUUGAAUUGUUCUGGGUCCAUGAUGCAUGGAACAUCUCAUUCAGUGGCAGAUAACCCUCAUGAAAUCUCAACCAAGGCUGAAAACAGAGUGAUCAGUUCCAGCUCGUCUGAAUUCCUAAGACAACAGUCCAAAUGGCUGGUAGAUCAGAAUAGUAUUGCAACUUGUGAACCCACAACUGGCAAUAAUAUAGAAAUUGUGAGUACUUCACAGACAGCCAAAGUCAUAGUUUCUGUCAAAGAUGCAGUGCCAACUAUUUUCUGUGGUAAGAUUAAAGGCCUCUCAGGGGUUUCCACUAAAAACUUUUCUUUCAAAAGGGACAUGCCUCAGGACUCAGGGCUGCAAUGUUAUGAUGUGAAGAAUCAGCCUGAAGUCCAGGAUAAUGCAGAAGCUCUUAGAAAACCUAUAAAAAACAGGAGUGUCAAGUUAAAAAAAAUGAACUCACAAGAAAUACAUAUUCUUCCUAUUAAAAAGCAGCGACUUGCAGCCUUUUUUCCAAGAAAAUAAUUUGUGAAAUUUUAGAAUGUUUAAAGGUAUAAUUAUUAUAAGUACUGUAAAGAGACUGCAUUUCAUUUUAAAUUACAUUCAAACUUUAAACUAUAUUUAAUUUAUUUCAAGAUGGAGGAUUAAAGAGUGGGUGGGGUGGGGAAGACAGAAAGAAGAAUAUAUCUUGAUAUAUCUUUCCAAUGCAAUGCUUCCAUCAUCAGCAUGUUUUGUUCCAACUUUUCAUUAAAGUAAAUAAAAAGCAGCAUAUUUUUGAAGUGGAUCACACAUUUUCAGUUUUAAUGGAAUAUAAUGAAUGAACAAGUCAGAGGAGUAAGAGCUAUUUUCACUGCCAUAAAGUGCUUUGAUGAUGUAAUUCUGAACAGUAAGUAGAAUGGAACUUUCAGAAUAAAUGUUUGUUAGCAUGGUUGUUGCAUUUCAUAUUUUUAUAAAAUGCAUAACCUGAAACUGUAUUGUAAGUAGUGUAUUCAUAUUUAUUUGUAUCAUUUUUCAGACUGUUGGGUUAUUUACCCAUUUUAAAUCGUUGGUGCUCUUCCCCCAUGUAUAGUAAUGAUAUACUUUAAACAAUCUUUAUUGAGACAAAAUCCUAUUACCAGUACAAGCACUCCUUGACUUAUGAUCCCAAUUGAGCCCAAAAUUUAUGUUGCUAAGUGAGAAAUUUGUUAAGUGAG